AUGAUUCUCUCCCACUACCCCGUCUACAGUUCUCCACCCACGAAUUCUGCUUCCAACGCACGCCCGAAUUGCUGCAACCAUGUCUUCAAUUGCUGCUCUGGCUACUCGCCGGGCUCUGACCCGCCAGUCGCUCCUCCGCGCCCCCCGCGCCGUUUCGGCUCCUCCAAGGUCGAGGAGGCCAGCCUCGACAAGGCCCCCAAGCGUGAUCCCGAGCUCUACGUCCUUCUCGGUGUCAUGUCUGGUGCUUUCCUGAUUGCCGGAUGGUACUUCGGCCGCAAGCCCACCUCCGUGAACUCUGAGAGCAACGUUCGCAUUGGUGAGAGCGCUAUGCCCUGGCAGGGCCAGUCCGAGGAUGGCAAGGUCUACAAGUACCAGUACCACCCUCACGGCGACAAGAGCCAGCCCCUCCGCGCUGCUCCUAGCGCCAUGAACACCGUCAUUGUUCCCAAUGUCACCCUGCCCGAGGACCUCCACGAGAGAUUCAACAAGUACGGCAAGGAGGAGUGGGACUACUAG